AUGUUGCGAUCGCCGAUAAGCGAUACGGCGGCCCCACACUGCCGUAAUAUUACCGCGUCAUGGCCUCGAUCCCUUGCAACAUCGACCUCCAACUUUCAGCUCACUUACCUUUACGAUCUAUCUCUGGAUGCGAAUCUGUGGCUUGCAGAGAUGGCAUUCACUCCACGACCCUUGCGGGAUCUGUGGCUAUUAUAUACUGUUCUAACGAUUCUUUUGCCGCUUAGCAAUGCGGUCCAGCCACAGCAACUCCUACGACCUGCUUUAGAUGCCUCCUCCAAGCGGGUGGCUGUCAUCGGAGCCGGUGCUGGAGGCUCUUUUGCUGCAUACGAGCUCCGCAAGCUUGCGGAUGAGGCUGGGAUUCCACUCAACCUCACCGUCUUCGAGCGUGCCUCAUACAUCGGAGGACGCUCGACAACAGUCAAUGUAUUCGAUCACCCAGCAUAUCCAAUCGAACUAGGAGCCUCAAUUUUCGUCGAGGUCAACUAUAAUCUGGUCAAUGCCUCGCGUGAUCUGGGUCUUACAGUUCGCGCUGCUGACCAUGCGCGGCCCCGAGAAUCGGAUGAAUCGAUCGGUAUCUGGGAUGGCAAGCAGUUUGCGUUUACUAUGAAGGAUUCUUAUAGCUGGUGGAAUAUUGGCCGACUCCUUUGGCGAUAUGGGAUGGCCCCGCUACGUACCCAGAAUCUGAUGAAAGAGAUUGUUGGGAAGUUCCUGCGCCUAUACGAGGAACCCCUCUUCCCGUUUCAGUCACUGUCUGAGGCAGCAGCAGCAGUAGACCUGCUCAACACUACAUCAUCAACCGGCGAGGCUUUUCUAGCAGCGAACCGGAUCUCCACGUUAUUCUCUCGGGAGAUUAUUCAAGCAAGUACUCGGGUCAACUAUGGCCAGAAUUUGGGCCUGAUUCACGGCCUCGAGUCGAUAGUCUGCAUGGCCACUGACGGUGCCGUAUCCAUUGACGGUGGGAAUUGGCGAAUAUUUGACGGCGCUGUCAAGGCUGCAAACGCCGAUGUCAAACUAGCUACCACAGUUACCGAAAUUGUUCGCGGUGAUGACGGGACCAUCCGUGUAACAUCCCAUCCGAGCGAUGAACUUGACUCUCCCCAGUCUAUUGAUGAGUCCGAGUUUGAUGAAGUCAUCAUUGCCGGACCGCUGCAGUAUUCUGGAAUUUCAAUAUCCCCUCCCCUGGAGCAUAUCCCAGACGAAAUCCCUUAUGUGAAGUUGCAUGUCACGCUAUUUGCUUCGCCCCAUCAAAUUUCCGCAAAGUAUUUUGGACUUGAUGGGAAGAAGGAUCAGGUCCCGGAAACUAUUCUCACGACACUUCCCGAAGACCUGGAUCUAGGGCAAAACCCGCACGGUGUUGGACCUGCUGAAUUCUGGAGCAUCAGUACGCUCAGAACUGUGGACUACUCAGUCGUUAAGGAUGGAGAGGAGCAGCAUGAGUUGCACUAUGUGUACAAGAUCUUCUCACCCGAACGGCCGACGGCAGAUUUCAUUGCGAACUUACUCGACAUUGACUACCCUGAAAGCACCGGCUCGGUAAUUACUCCACACGCCAAUACAACUAUCGGGGAUCUGCCCGAAACGGAGAUAAGCUGGUUCCACGAGAAGCUUUGGCACCCGUAUCCCCUCUUAUACCCGAGGGUGACAUUCGAGGAGACUCUUCUGGCUCCUGGUGUCUGGUAUACUAGUGGAAUUGAGAGCUUUAUCUCGACUAUGGAGACUAGCGCCUUGAUGGGCCGGAAUGUUGCCGCACUCAUGGUACAGUUAUGGAAGAAGCAAGAGGAAAGUAAAAGCAGCUCUCCAUUGUUGAGCCUGAAGACGGAGCUGUGA